AAACCGUAAACACAGAAUGACGUUGUUGGUGAUAUCAGUCGUUAGUUUAUCCGUCUUUGUCAGCGUUUCGCUCGCCGAUUUUGAUCCCCGGGGUGUCAAAUGCGGAGAAUUGCGAUGCAACAUCACGGAGUACUGCAGUCCUUUUGAUCAACACUGCAGACCCUGCGCUGUCGUCUGCGAUGUCAACAGUCACAAUUAUCAGCCGGAAGAGUGCGCGAAGGACUGUCAAGUUUAUCUUCAAGAUCAGCGCUACAUGCAUCGCAUGGAUCCACAGUAUUACGAUCUUAAAGAGGAAGUAGAGAGACUUAAGAUCAGAUUCACGAUUAUAACUACGUUGAUCUGCAUCUUGCUACUAGGAAUGUUUUAUCUAUUGGGAAGAACUUUAAUACAAUGGGAAAAGAUCCAAAACACCUUGCGAGCUUUAUUCACACGGAAACUUGUAAAGCAGGCAGCCAACAAGAACAAAGUGCAAGACGAUGUCGAGGCCAAUGUGAAUAAACAAAACGGUCUUAAGUUGAGUAUACCAAGCAUAAGUGCCACAGUGGAGUCAGAAUCUAAGAGCUCUGAGAACAGCAAGGGAAACAAUAGCUCACCAAAUACUACGAGUACUACUCUCUCGCGACGAUGUGCCAGCGAGGAUAAAACUCUCGAUUUUUCUUACGAUAAUCCGGCAAUGACACCGAGUCCGGAAGCGGCGCAAAUGAGAAUCAAAGCUCGCGAAAGCUCAUUUUGAAGUAUUUCAGAUUUCGAAUAUUUAACAUCGGUUAGGGCGCAUAUAAUUCUUCUCGACUUUGAAAAAAUAUCAAAGACAAUUAAUUGUCUGAAGAGAAAUAUAUUUGUUCGUUCUGCAAAAGCACAAGAUGUGCAAUUUGGAGUUUAUCUGCAGAAUGAGAUAGAAGCGUUUCGUGUGAUGACAUUCGGUUUUUGUAAGAAACAAGUAUUUGAUCAGAAAUUGUCUGUAAGGAAAAAAAAAAUUGUUUUGUCGGAAUAUUGAAUAAUUCGUGUAAUCCUGACAGGAAAAUGAAAUAAGGAUGUGGCAAAGUGCACAUAUAAAGUAUGACGUGGCUAUUUUGUCUAAUUUUAUGAAUGAAAUGCGUUGUAAGAUGUAUCAAUGUUUUUAUAAACGAUUUUUCGAAUUGUCUUAGUAAUAUAUAUUUUGAUAACGAACGAUUGAAAAAUCGUCAGAUUCAAUAUCUUCGUCUUUCUUAAAUAUAACGUGCACAAUUCUUACUACUUUUACGGGCGAUAUUCAUAGUCGAUUGUUAUUCCAUGAAUAACCACAAUUUUAUUCAUGAUUAUUAUAGUUACUCACAGAGUCCAUGUUGUUUCUCACUAAUUUCUGAAUCAUUAAAAGCUAAAUCAUAACCUGAAUGAUUUGCUGUUAAUGAUACUUUCAGAAUAUAUGCAUACAAGAUAUAUGAGUGAUGCUUUCGAUCUUGUAUUGAUUACGUUUUGAGACAUAAAAAUAAUAUUGGACAAAAAAAAACUCUAUUUACAUUGUUUCUGAUUAUGGAAUUAUAAAUAUCAUCUUAAAUAACAAGUUACUUGUAUACAUAUAUAAUAAAGUAAGUUUGGAGUGGCUCGUGAACACACGUAUCACGCCUCCGCGUACCGUGCGGCUGUGUGACUUAAUUAUGUAAUGAUUAACGCGACGCGUUCGCGCGACAUAGAUAUAGACGCGAACACGAUGCAAUCCCGUCGAUUUAAUGUUCUUGCUCUUAAACUGCUGUCGUCGUAGCAAUGUUGCAACAUAUCCUCCAACGUGUGUAGCUCCAACAUAUAUGCACAAUCAUCCAAUAUAAAAAAGUAAAAACGUCUUUAAAUUCAUUUUUUCGUUUAUUUUUAAAAUUGACGUUUGUACGAAUUACUUUUAAUUCUUUAUCCUAAAACUAAAUACAAAGUACAUUAAUAAGUACAUUUUUAUUUUUUAAGUCUUAUUUCGCGCAGGACUUUUUGACACUUCUCAUCUUUUCGUCAAAUCUGUUUUUCUUGAUAUCAAAUAAAAAUUCAAAAUUGCAAAGUCCAAAGAUAUAUAUCUGUAAAAUUUUACUAGAACGUUUUUCUUUAAUGAUGAUUGCUGCUUUGCUAAAAUGAUAUUAAUAGCCGGAAUUUAAGAUCGAUGAUUAUUCAUUAGCAUUUGUAUUAUAUAUCUCUCGUCUUCAUGUAAACCUUUAGGAAUAAGUAUAUAGAAGUAAGUAUCUUAAGAAUUGCAUCUCCUUAUCAGCCAUUCCGUCCAUGAAAGGCCUUCUGAGCAAACGUGCGCGUGUAAGACGGCGCACUUUGCAUAGGUCAGUGACGUUGCACGCGAGAACGAAGGAAGAUCGAUAAUAAUUUUACCUCAAGCGCCACAAUGUUGUUAAAAGUCGUAAGCAAUUUUAAAUAAGUUUUAAAUAGGUUUGAUUAAAGACACAAUUAAAACGAAACUAGUUUUUCAAACAUAAAUAUUAUAUAAAUAUCAUUAAUUUUGGGAUAAAAAAAUACGCAUUUGAUACGUAAAAGUUUAAAAACUGAUAUUCUAGAAAUUAUUUAUAAUUUGCUCAAAAUAAGCACGCUCAAAGCGUGUAAUACUGUGCUCACUGCAAAAAUAUUUUGUAAAAUAUAUUGUUCUAUUUUUAUUAAUUAAGAGGUGAAUAUGUCCAACUCUUCUAAUGCUCAAUUUCGACAAGAAUAUAGUGGGAAAAUUGCUCAAAAUUAUCAAUUACAUUUACUAACUAGUACAAAAAAUUACUUAUUUUAGUUCAAAAUUUUUUCUCGAUGUUAACAGAAAAAAAUAGAAAUUGAUUUCAUGUUUUCUUCGUUCCGCAGUAUAACCACUGACCUUAGAUGUAAUCAUUUACAUAUCAGUGCAUUCAUUUUUAACGAUUAGCGAAGUAGUAACGAUACUACAGCACAUUUCUCACCUUAGCUAGUUGAUCACCUUCAAGGGUGGAUCUCAACGUCUUCCAGAAACGAAGAUAUUAAUUUUGCCCAGAGGCAGCUAACUAUAAUCUUAAACUUUUGAGUCCAAUUGUAAAUAUGACGAAUAGUGUUAUUUUUAAUUACGCGUUACCGGAUUUCUUGUUUAACAAAGAAGUCAAGCGAAAAGAUAUUUCUUACAAUUUGCUCGCAAAUGUUACCGGACUUACAAGUCAAUACGAAAAAAGUAAGCGCAACUUAAUAUCUUAAUGUUUUACACUUGUCACCUGUUUGAACUUUUCUGUUUUUAAUGUACUUAAUAAUAUAUUGUAUUUAACAAUUUCAAUAUUUUAUUGUAACAUUAAA